GGACAGAUGUGGAGGAGGAUCCAGAUGUUCGGCCCUCAGAGAGACGGAAAGCGACCCAAAAUGUGGCCAAAAUUCCAGAUGUGGAGGCGGGAGAGGAGUCGGAUCCAGAUGUAGCCACCCAACUGUUUCUGCGCCCGAAUCCAGAUGUUGGGAGCCCUGGAACGGCCCCGAAGGAGCCCAAAAUUCCAGAUGUGGAGGAGGGAGAGGAGCUGGACCCAGAUGUGGAGGCGCGGAAGAGUCGGAUCCAGAUGUGGCCACCCAGAUGUUCUUGCACUCAAGUCCGAUGUGAGGACCCCAAAACGGCUCAAAAUUGCCCCAAACCAGACUGGAAUUCCAGAUGUGGAGGAAGAAGAUGGGUCCUACCCAGAUGUGGCGACCCAGAUGUUCCCAGCCCUGAAUCCAGAUGUUGGGAGCGCAGACAGCCCCAAAAUGCUCCUGCAAGACCCCAAAAUUCCAGAUGUGGAGGAGGAACAUGGGCCAGAUCCAGAUGUGGCGGGCGAGGAGGAAGAAUCAGAUCCAGAUGUGGCCACCCAGAUGUUCCUGCCCCCAAAUCCAGAUGUUGGGAGCCCAAAACAACUCAAAAAUGCCCCGAACCUGCCCAAAAUUCCAGAUGUGGGGGAGGAAGAGGGGCUGGAUCCAGAUGUGGCGGGCGAGGAAGAAUCAGAUCCAGAUGUGGCCACCCAGCUGUUCCCGGCCCCCAAUUCAGAUGUGGGGACCCCAAAAAGACUGAAAACAGCCCAAAACCCGCCCAGAAUUCCAGAUGUGGCAGAGGAGGAUGAGUCAGGUCCAGAUGUGGAGGAGGAAGAUGGGUCAUACCCAGAUGUGGCCACCCAGAUGUUCCCAGCCCCGAAUCCAGAUGUGGGGAGCUCAGAAAGCCCAAAAACGCCCCCGAGAGGCCCCAAAAUUCCAGAUGUGGAGGAGGAAGAGGAACUGGAUCCAGAUGUGGCCACCCAGAUGUUCCUGCACCCAAAUCCAGAUGUUGGGAGCCCGAAGCGACUCAAAAUUAGCCCAAACCCACCCAAAAUUCCAGAUGUGAGGGAGAACGCACCAGAGCCAGAUGUGGAGGGAGAGCCGGAUCCAGAUGUGGCCACCCAGCUGUUCCUGGCCCCAAAUCCAGAUGUUGGGACCCCAAAACGGCUCAAAACAACCCCAAGACCACCCGAAUUCCACAUGUGGAGGAGGACAAUGGGUCAGAUCCAGAUGUGGAGGAGGAGGAUGACAGGUCCUACCCAGAUGUGGCCACCCAGAUGUUCCCAGCCCCAAAUCCAGAUGUUGGGCCCCCUGAGCUGCCCAGGAUUCCAGAUGUGGAGCCGGAGCCGCCGGAUCCAGAUGUUGGGGCUGCACCAGGCCCAGCCCCAGAGGUUCGGCGCAGUCGCCGAUUGGCCGAGAGCAGAGGGAGCGGGGCCUGUUCUGGCUCCAAGCCCCGCCCCCAGAGGAGCAGCGACCAAUCAGAGGCCGGGAUCGAGGAGGCCAUGCCCUCUGCGCCCAUAAAAGGAAAUGGGCGUGGCUUGGACUUGGCCACACCCCCAGAGGAGGAGGAGGAGCCAGCAGGGGCGCCAAGAACCGGCUCCGCCCCAGAGAGCGCCGAGCCCCGCCACAU